CUCAAUUCCUUGGCCCAAUUUCAUAAUUUUUAGUUAGGGUUUACAAGUAUAAUAACAACACCAUAGGGUUUUGCCGCCGCUCUUCAUCACUUUCAAGUGUUCUGCUUCAAUCCUUCUAGGUUUUUUAUCGUCGCUGAGCUUCAAACUACCACCACCAUUUUCACUUGGCGUAUUUCACUCACGCAGUUUCAUUGUCCCUUUUUCUCCGAUUUUUAAGAUGACUUCCGACUAUACUUUAGAUCUGGAGACUACUCCGAAUUUUCAAGACAAGAGAACUGUUAUCUUUCCGACCCUCUUUUAGAUCUGGGUAAGUUUGUUUGGAUCUGGGUUAUAUGCAGAAUCUUGAUUCAGCUGGAAAGUAAACUCCUAAUAACAAAGUAGUGGCUGAAAACUUAAGGAGUAUCGGUGUAGUUUCGGAGUAAGAAGUUUUUGAGAUGGUAAGACAAGAGUAUCGGUGUAGUUUCGGAGUAAGAAGUUUUUGAGAUGGUAAGACAAGAAUUGUGUCUUUUUUGUUUUUGUUGGUUGAUGAGCAAGUGGCUUCACAUAUUUGUUGCAGGAUUUUAGAAUUAUUUUAACUUUUAGAUAGCUAAUUUUGAUUCAAAGUUGGUUUGAUACUUAUUUAUUUUGAUUGUAGGUGUAAGACCAAAAUAAUAGAGAAAUUCAUCUCUAUACUGUCUGAAGCUGGUUUUUAAAUAAUUCAGUUUAGGUUGGUGGUAAUAAUUUUCUGGUUAUUUUGAUUUCUUACAAGUCCUACACAUUAACCUCACUCUUUGAUUGCAGAUUCAUGAAUUUAUUUUAUAUUAAUCUCAUUAGAGAGCAACUAUGAAAUGUAAAUCUAGUUUGUUAUAUAAUUUUAGUGAAUAUAAAAACAGAAUGAAAACAGAAUGAAAGUUGUAAGUGCCCUUUCAACUCACUAACAUGAUUUAAUGCAGGGGCAAUAUGUUAUGCUAUGAGUUUGCAGGUAUGUGCAAUAUGUGUGCGAAUCUGCCAAUUACUCUUAAAUUUUGUAUCUAUUCUUAUGUUAAUUUUAGUUUUUCUUGUAUGAGUUUGCAGGUAAUAACAAUGAAUAUCAAUUGCUUGUUGAGUUUUUUAUUUGUUGUAAUUUUGGCUUCUGAUCUUGAUUAAUAAUUUUACAGAGUGCACAUGAUGAACCAAACUCAAAGUCUUUUGAGGAGAGAGUAGCUCUUGAAGCCUAGUACCAAACUUAUUGAAGAUGCCCUUAUAUUGAACAUAAACCCCAGUACCAAACUUGUUGAAGAUGUCCUUAUGUUGAACAUAAACUCAGUGCUAGAAGUAUGAUCCAUGAAGAUGGGCAACAAUUAUCAUUUGUAAUUUAUGUUGGCUUAGCUGUUUUAUUUUAUCUUGGGUUGUCAUGCUAUUUUAUUUUUAAAUUUGUAAUGACUUUAAUUUGCUGGGUAUCAUGUUCCAACAAUAAUUUAGAGGGAUGAACUAAACUAGCUCAAUAAGCCUAUUAAAAUUAAAAUAAUCAAACAAAUUUUAAUAAAAAUUUAGCCAAUUUUGUCAUUUUAAAAUAAAAAAUAAAUUUUUGAUUAAAGGUGGUUUGAGGAAAUUUGAGGGGUCGAAUUAAUAGAUUGUUAACAAGAAUUAAUAAAAAAAGUUAAAACAACCUAUUGGAUUUAUUAUUUAAAUUAUAUUUUAUUGGCCCAACAGUAAUUGGGAUCCGAACUUAAUUGUUGUUGUUACCCGAACCGUUUUAACCCGAACCCGAGAAAAACCGAUUUUAAAUAGGGUCGAAAUUGGGCCUAUAUGUAUCACCCGAAGGUUGGGCCGGAUUGGGAUUUUGGGCCCGAAUCCGAACCGGCCCGAACCGAUGUCCACCCCUACUCAAGAGUAUCAUAUCAUAAUCCCUUUCUAAUGACCUUCUUUCUUUUUUGUGAUUCACAAUUAUUCAUUGAUUGCUGUCAUCUGCACUGCAUGUCUAGACGACAAGUCUAACCCAACAUACGUGUAAGUCGCCAGUCCCCAGAAACUAACCGAAACAAAAACUAAAUCUGCGUGUACAUGGAUACGACAACAAUUUCCUUUCAAUUCUACAUUCUAACAAGUACAAAAACCAACAAGACACUAUCAAUAAAUCCAAACUAGGCCUCAAGUAAGACAGAAAAACCCAGUUACAACCACUAGUUCCUCUUCCCUUCGAGGGUUGAAAUCCAUCCAUGCCGGCAAUCGAACUAUCAUUCAUUCCCUCCUUAAAAACUAACCCCAUUCAUCCAUUUUCCUCCACACCCCAAAAACAACCAUUCAAUAUGGAUAUCUGGUCAUGGAUAUCUGAACUCCCCAACUCAGUUGAGUGGAACGAGUCCAACUCACCACUCAUAUUCGAACUCGCUAGCGACGGACAUGGCGAUUCAACUCGCUCCAUUCACCUCAAAGCUGAACGAACUUCCGGUUCAGACUCAGAAGCAGUAGUAACCUUCAUGGUUUUCCUACAAGGCUUUCAUCCAUUCAACGCUCAGAAGCCACUUUGGGUUUCUGAAAAAUGCACCAUCUCUUCAGAAAACCCUAACUUCCUCCCCCUCCUUCUCCAACUCCUUCAAGAAAUCAUAACCAACUCACCCACAGCGCACGAUAGCACUUGCCCUAGGUCUCAGCUUCAGAAGCUGAAACCCGAACCUAUAGCAUGGAUCAUCGACUCGCACACACCGGAAUCCCUCUCGCUUUUCUUCAACCUAGUCUUUAUUAUCCGUCUCUUCUGGCUAUGCGCUUGCGACGCGCCGAGUGAAGCAGGCUCACUCUAUUUCCACUCACUACUAGCACCCAUUCUCGAAACGGCGUCGUCGAGGAAACUAGCUUCGGUUCUUCGAACCUUCUUUAUAACAGUAGGCGUCGAUACUGAACUCUGCUUCAUGCGCACCCUUGGGUACAUAAUAGCAAAAUGGUGCAUUAUAAGAGAGCUAGGCGUAGGUUUACAAACACUAGUUCCUUCUUCGUCGAGUUCGAAUCCGAAAUUCUCGUAUGCGACGGAGUCUCACGGUUUAUGGAUUCUGAAAGGCUAUGCGCCGGUUAUGAAUAUGAAACUAGUGCGAAGCAAUGGGCAAAAAAGUAAAUUUCAUGGUAUCGAUGCUAAGGAGGCAAUAAUCAGAUAUGGUCUCGCGCACCAUCAACUUGAAGCACACGUGCAGUUAGAAUACACCGUUAGAUUCCUUGAAGGAUUUAUUAAGGUUAACGCACGUGUUGAUAAUAUUCGUCUCCAUGUGGCGAGGCUUGGUUUUAAGCAUGGUGAUGAUGUGGAUUUUGUUGAGGAGAAACAUUUUCCUUCUCGGGCUCGGGUUUGGAUGGGCCCAGAAAUCGGAGCUACCUAUGUCGCAGGUUUGAGUUUGGGCCGAUCUACGGAGAAUAAUGAGAGAGAAGUGGAAAUUGAGAAGAAUGUGAAGGGUGAUUUUGAUAAAUCAGAGAUUUCAAAGGUGAAAGCAUCGACGAGAACGUCGAGGAGAAUGAGGACUAAGAGUUGGAGAAUGGAUCAAGAGGCUGAAGGGAACGCAGCGAUAUUUGAUGUUGUUCUGCAUGAUAAUAUGACAGGCCAGGAAGUGGGCUCGUGGAGGCCCUUGGGGGAUGAUUCAAUUCAUGGUUUGAAAGGGAGAUAUGUUGGAGCGAAUAGACCGUUUAGUAAGAGUGGAUCAGUGGUUAUUGCGGGAGAUGAAUAUGGAGAAGAAGUGGGGUGGAGGGUUAGUAAAGAGAUGGAAGGGAGUGUUUUGAAGUGGAGGAUAGGGGGAGAGUUUUGUGUUAGUUAUUUGCCUGACCAGGCAAAAGGUUCUCAUUUUGAAACUAGAUCUGUUCAGUGGUGUGAUGAAGUUGACUUGCCUCUAAUUCCUGGAAAAACAACAUGAUUAAUGUUUGUAGUAACUAUUGCAUAUAUGAAACGUCUUCCCUCCAAAUCAACCACGAAAAGAAAUGGCUGGGGGUUUGUGGAAAUAUAUUGAAUGAAGUUGUGCCAUGAGUAAGGUUAUUAGUGUUAUAGUCUAUAGAUUGUACACUAAUGUUUAGGUUCCAACCUAAUGUAAGCCAUUAUGUGGAUUGGUGUAAUAAAUGCUUUAUUUAUUAUGUAUAUAAUAAUAUAAGUAUUUUUUUCUUAUUGGAUGUACAAUAUAUACUUAUACAUCUCAUCUAAUGUAUAUUUUUAGAGACUAGGAUUCCAAUCACUUAUUUAUGUA